GAAACUCGUGGUGGAUGUCCAGAGGGUGCCAGGAAUUUGGGGUGGGGAGGGAGCUGCCGUUGCGAUGAGCUCUCAGAUGUGGGCUAUAAAGAGUGCUGGAGUGCCUUGAGGACAGGGCUCUGGGCUGUUUGAACUUAAUACUCUGUAGAAGAUACCAGACAGAUUAGGAGAGGAGUGUGAUUGAUGGGCCAGAAUGAUAAUUUUAGCAGCUGUGUUUUUUGAGGGGUUGAAGGAACAAGAUAUUAAAGUGUUGUGCCAGCGAGGAGCAAGAGGCUGGAUGGGAUGACAUAAGGACAGGCAACUUGUUUUGGUUGCAGAGAGGAAAAAGAAGGGGUAGGGUUCUUUUUUUCUGCUUCUUUUUUUUUUUUGUGUGUGUUUGUGUAUGCAGGAAAACGUAGCAGGGCACAAAUAGUGAGCUAAGCAGACAGCAGCUGGGGAGACAGCUAGGUAGAGGUAGGGUGGAGCAGUGGCUGCCGAAGGUGGGUAGGUUCCUGGGGUUAGGUUUAACAUCUCAGCACAGUCUGUAACCAGGUCAAACGUCGUGAUCUCUUCUGUGCUAGGCUUUACAGUAAUUUGUUUUGCUUUGUUUUAUGACACUUAGACCUUAAAAGGCCACCUGUGUGGUUUUCCUGUUAAUGAGGAGAGGAAUUAUUUCACCAUCACGUUUUACAAAUCUGUCCCCAAGACAGAAUCCUGGUGUGGCAGAGCCCUCAAGAGAUAAAAGGAUUUGCUUCUUCUCAUCAGGCUACCAAUCUUAGAUGUUCCUCAAUAGGAAUUUUUGCAUGUUUUUUAAUCUUACGAUCCCAAAGCCUGUUGCAGAGUUGAAGAAGGAUUCUUGCUGUAUCACAAAUGGGAGGACGGCGAGAGGUGGCGGGGCUGUGCGCCUCAGCGUCACGCAGCAGAUCGUUAGAUGGCCGGCUGCAGGUAUCUCACCGGAAAGGCCUUCCGCAUGUGAUCUACUGCCGGCUGUGGCGGUGGCCAGACCUUCAUAGCCACCAUGAGCUGCGGGCCAUGGAGAUGUGCGAGUACGCCUUUAACAUGAAGAAGGAUGAAGUCUGCGUGAAUCCUUACCAUUACCAAAGAGUGGAAACCCCAGUGUUACCUCCAGUGCUGGUGCCUCGUCACACGGAGAUCCCAGCUGAGUUCCCGCCAUUAGACGAUUACAGUCACUCUAUUCCAGAGAACACUAACUUCCCAGCAGGUAUCGAGCCACAGAGCAACUACAUUCCAGAGACACCCCCUCCAGGCUAUUUGAGUGAGGAUGGAGAAACUAGUGACCACCAGAUGAACCCCAGCAUGGAUGCAGGUUCUCCGAACUUAUCACCAAAUCCUAUGUCUCCUGCACACAAUAAUCUGGAUCUGCAGCCUGUUACCUACUGCGAGCCAGCUUUCUGGUGCUCGAUAUCCUACUAUGAACUCAACCAGCGAGUGGGGGAGACUUUCCACGCCUCCCAGCCCUCUAUGACCGUGGAUGGGUUCACCGACCCAUCCAACUCUGAACGCUUCUGCCUUGGUUUGCUGUCUAACGUGAACAGAAAUGCAGCAGUGGAACUCACGAGACGACACAUUGGAAGAGGGGUAAGGCUCUACUACAUUGGCGGCGAGGUGUUUGCUGAGUGCCUUAGUGACAGUGCCAUUUUUGUCCAGUCUCCCAACUGCAACCAGCGCUACGGCUGGCACCCAGCAACAGUCUGCAAGAUUCCCCCAGGAUGCAACUUGAAGAUUUUCAACAACCAGGAAUUCGCAGCUCUCCUGGCUCAGUCAGUGAACCAGGGCUUCGAGGCCGUGUACCAGCUGACCAGAAUGUGCACCAUUCGGAUGAGCUUCGUCAAGGGCUGGGGAGCAGAGUACAGGCGGCAGACUGUGACCAGCACUCCCUGCUGGAUCGAACUGCAUCUCAACGGUCCUCUGCAGUGGCUGGACAAGGUCCUCACCCAGAUGGGCUCCCCCAGCAUCCGCUGCUCCAGCGUCUCCUAAGGAAAUAUCUCCUGGGGGCGGGCGGGGGGAACAAGGACUGGAAAAUGGAAUUGGCUUAACUCUUAGCAAAAGGCGUAGAAAACAAACUCCCAGUUACUGAAGUGAUAAGGAAAAUAUCUGCUAAAAAGUGGGUUGUCUUUGUUUUGUUUCUUUCUUUUUUCUUUUUUUUUUAAUGAAACUUAAAGACCCAUUUAAGCCACUUCCACUGAACCUGUUAGCACUUUGGUUACAAUGCUAUGGGCCAUUGCAGUUAGCAUGAAGCUGAAGCUUAUCAUGAUGAAAAAAAUGGACUUGGUUUCAGCGGAGAGAAGCCAGUGCUCUGCCUCCAGCCGUGUCGUGGUGCCGCUGGCACCAGCCGGCCGGGAGGGAACUUUCCCUUUGCCUCUCACGCCUCCAGCCUCGGGUCACGGAGCAUCUUGGAAAAGCCAGGUACGGUGGGACUUUGGGAUGACUCUUGCUCAUGCGUUACUGUCUCCAUCCAUCUGAGGACACCUGUUCUCCCUGCGAUUGCAGCAGGAGGGGGGGAAGAAACAUUUAAAGCAUAUGCAAGAGCGAAUUCCCCCAGCGAUGCUCCCAAAAGGAAAGAGUUUCCCAUGCUGGACCAGUAACGAGGAGGCAGAGCCUUGCUUCGCGCCCGAGAGAUGCAGCUGACGCCCCGAGUGCCUCAGACUGGAUUUACACGAAGCAAAAGGCCUAAGCGAAGGCACCUUCUGAUAUUGCUGCAGCAACUUUCGACUAGAGCUGCUCACAGACAGACAUUUGUGAUGUGGGGAGCUCUUGCUGGAUAAGUUAAGCCUUUGUUAUUGUGCAGUCUAUUUACAUUAACUACAGAAAGUUUGUAUUCUAUUUUCUCAGUAUGUCGAAUGGUAUCUGCCACUUCUUAAGUCUUAGGGGCGGAGUGAAUUCAGCGUCCAGGUCUGCUCGAGAGACGGGAGUGAACAGCCCUUGCUGCCAUUUGCAGAAAACACAGUUCAGUAGGUCAUCCCACGCUGUCACCAUGACUGUGCACGAACCAGGGCAUCUCAGACACACAAAAACUCAGUUAAAAAACGUAUUUCAUCUGAUUGAAAUGCUCUGAGAUGUGGUUUUUGCCUGGAGAAAUUGGGAGAGUGUAUUUACGUGUAUUAUAAAAUGUUCAUUUUAAAUA